AUGUCCAAAACAUGGUUGUAUCGUGUUGCCAUUUGUGUGAAGAGAGCCCUUCAUUUACAUGACAAAGAAAAUACCCCAACCAAGAGGCAUGCAUUAAACAGGAACUACUCCCCUGUGACUGGAACUCGAUUGAUGAGUCCCAUGACUAAACCUGCAGGUAAUUCCAAAGCAGGUGGGAAGACAACGAAUCCUAAAACGAAAGAGCCAAUGACAGAUACUGAGAGAAUUGUGUUCCUCAGGUCUAAGGUGAAAAGGUCUCUCAAGGACCUAAUGAAAUACAGGCGACAGCUGGUGACGUUGUUGCCAGUAGAGGGCAGUAGUGAGCUGAGAAGUCUCUUGCUGAUGAGUCCUGCUGAUCUGCAAACAGAACUCAAAAGGCAUGAAAAUCUUCUAGUGAAAGUCUUUUCACUAAGUCAUGUGCUGGAUAUGCAUAGAACUGCAUAA